UGACGUGUUGUGACGCAUUUUUCCUGCGACGAGCUUUAGGUCUAGCGAUGUGAAUUUCGGCUCUUUUCAAUGAGUCAGAUCAUUUGGCUCAGCUGACAAUAAGAGCUGAUUCUUUUGGCUCCCAAAACGGCUCACUGCCAUUUUUCUUUUCUAAAUGGGCUAGCUUGCGAUAGUUUGUCCAGUGGUUGUUCUUCAGUGACGAACUAUACCUGGAAUUGUUUCACGGAAUCUUAUUUUACCUUCUAAUUAACAAAAUAACACUAAUUGUCAGUGAAAAAAAAAUCAAUUUAAAUGUUUUUGAGGCACUUCGCAGUAAUGUUAUUGUGCCUGUCGUGUGCGUGCUUCAUUAAACUGAUUCAUUUCCACUGAUACCGAUAACUGAUGUACACAGAGUACAGCAUGCUGCCUCAUACACACUCCUGAGAGUCACACACACACACCUCACCAUGGAGGCAUUUUGAUUCAAUUACAAUGUAAUUAAACGAAGAGUUAAAAAAAAAAAAAAACUCAAAAGGCUCAUAUACAGUAUGCGAAUCGGCUAUCAGUGGACAUCUAAAAUAGCCGGCUCAAAGAGUCGACUCUUUCGUGAACGACACAUCACUAUUUGGGUCGGGUGUUUAAAACGUAGGCCAAAAAUAUAUAGCAAUCUAGUGACAAUUACUGUAAAGGAAAAUGGCUGGAAACUGGAAGGAUUCCGAAACGAAGGAGCUGCUGUCUAUCCGCUCGGAGGAAGAAAUCAUUCGGCAGCUGAACGGCACUGUUCGGGAUGCAGUGGUGUAUGAGAAAAUCACUCAGAAACUCAAAGAGCGCGGGGUUUUACGAGAAAAGACGCAGGUGAUAAAUAAACUGAAAACUCUGCGGAAGAAGUUUCACCAAAUUAACCAACGCAGCAGCCAGCUGGGAAAGUCAGACUGGCCCUAUUUCGAUAUGUGCCACUACAUAUGGGGAGGUGGACGUUCUGCCAACCCUGUGGCUCUGCUUAGUCCUUUAGAGCCUUUUCCCUCUGAGAAUGAUGCUGAAGCCACUCUGAGUGAUACAGACAUCCUGAAGACUGAGGUGUGCACAGAAUUUGUGCCCCUAAGUCCAGCAGAAUCUCCUCUAUCUCCUCAGUCACCACCAACUAAAAGUGUCAAGAAAGUAUCACGGGGGGAACAAAUGGUGAAGGACAUGAAAGAGUUUUUCACUGAAAUGGACAAAGACUUUGAAGAAAGGGAGCGCCUUCGUCUCCUGGAGCAGAGGCAAUAUGAAGAGUGCUUAAGGAAGGAGGCAAAAGAGGAAGAGAGAGAAGAGCAGGCCAGGCAAAUGGCCAUGUUUAAAGAAUUACUGGAAUCUCAAAAUAAUCUGCUAAGAGAACUCUUGCGGCGAAUCCCAUCAUCAACUUCACAGUGGCUUACCCCAUCUAAAAAUAAUGGUGAACCUGAAGCCACUUUAAGUGUUGCAAACAUCCCAGAGACCAAGGAGUGCACAAAAUUUGUACCUAAUAGUCAUGCAGAAUCUCCUCAAUCACCACCAAACAAAAGGUUGAAGAAAGUAUCACAGGAGGAACAAAUCACAAAGGACAUGAAAGAGUGUUUUGCAGAAAUUGCCAGAACCUUGGAAGAGAGGGAACGGCUUCGUCUUCUGGAGCAGAGGCAACAUGAAGAGCGCUUAAGAAAGGAGGCAAAAGAGGAAGCAAGAGAAGAACGGGCCAGGCAAAUGGCAAUGUUUAAAGAGAUGCAGGAGUCUCAGAAUGGCCUACUAAAGGAACUCCUUAGGCGUAUGCCUUCACCGACAUUACAGCAUUUAAACUCCUCUAAGUACUGGCACUCAGGCAGUCAAUCUAGGUUUAAUAAAGACACUGCUGGAAAUAUUAACGUACAAAACACCUCAGAAAAAGACAUGAUUUUUAACCCACCUUCAUCCACAUCCUUCAUGGAGUAAUAACCAGGAAGUUUUUUUUUUUAAAUAAUUUUUGUACAUUGUAUUUAUUUAUUCGUUGUUUUAAUGGAGAUGUGUCUAAUACAGCUUGUUACUGCUCUUUAUGAAGAGUCUGAACAGUCUGAACUCAGCUCAAUUUGUUUAAUAUAAGUAGUUUUUACAUGUUUUCUACUGCACUUUCUGUUAUUAUUUAUGCACAACUUGUAUUCACUUGCACAUUUACUUAAUGAUUUCAUCCAAGAAGACAGUAAUUAUUUUAAAAAUAAACAACUGAUGUCAUUUAUCAUGUAUCAUCAUGUAUCAUUGUCAUUUUAAAGCAAAUGGUGGCUUCAAACAAGCAUUUCUUUAGUCAGUGACAGAUUUAUGACACUGCCAGCGGAAACACAGUGAAUGUGUGAACAGUUCUAGUAAAAAAAAAAAUUUUUUAAUAAAUAAUUUAAUCUUGACAGUAGGUCUGUGGACAGUAGAUACACAUGAAUACACGCAUUAUCUACACAUAGAUGCAUUAGAAAGAACAGUACUUUUUACAAAUGCCCUAUAAAUAAAUAGUUUUGAGAAUUGCCUUUGUGUUGUAUGUGUUAUAACUUGUGAUACUGCUACGCUGUUGAAUGCUCGAAUCUGAUUGGUCAGAACAUGUUGAUUCAUUUUUUAAAACAGCACGGUUCUGGCAGACUGGAAGGUUUAUGUUAAAGAGCUCAUUGUGCUGUUGUUUUCAUAAUAAGAGCUUACAGUGGGAUAGUCCACAUAAACAGAUUAAAGAAAAAAAACGUGUGAUCGUUGAUAUGGUGAAGCUUUCUGUGA